AUGCCCAGCAACACACCGGGGAUGCAAUUUUCGUGUCAAAAGCAGUAUUCGGGCUACACGGUACACCUCGGAAAAGAGACCGUGCCAGAGUCCACUGAUUCCGACAUGUCAGUCAAAGCGGUGAAGGGUGGGGAGCAAGUCUGGCAGCUGGUUCCGUCUAGACUUUUUGCUGGAGUUUUUCCAGAUGAGUUUGUGGAAGGCUAUGCGCACUGGUAUUCGGUCUCAGGGGACCUGGUGGAAUUCCGACCCUUGGAAGCGCCAUGGCUGUCAUCCAGUCAAAACUGGCAGCUCCACAGGAGCUCUUGUAAAGCUUCCUGGAGCCUCAAGAGGAACGGAACAACUUUGGUCAGCACCAUGUGCCAAACGGCCCAAGUAAUAUCCAAUGUUUUUCAGCCGAUUGAAAAGGCUUUGAAGGUGCAUUGUAUUUUCCACGAGGCCUCUUCGAGUCUACAUGUUGAGCUACCGCGCCUUCGAUUGGAAUUUAUCCUCAAGUCACAGUCUUCUGCAAUCCAAUCUCGACAAUAUCCUGGCCUGUCAGUCGAUAGUAACCAAGUAUUUGACUCAUUGAUUGGGCUACGCAACACGCUUCUGCUCACUAACCGUGACUCUUACGACCAAGUGGUCCUCAUACCUGAAGGAGCUUUAUCUUGGGCCAGAGAUGGCAACCACGUUCGUGUCGAGAUCGGUUGGCAACCUGCGACCACCAUCCAUGCGUAUCCCAUCGAUCGCCAGCUCGGACGGCUUUUGGACAAUGGAAGCCUACAGAGCAAGCUAUAUCUCACGUACUUGCAUGCUCUUACGUCUUUCUGCCUGCCAGAUCCACUCACCAAGAAGACCGGUACCGAGCAGGCUCUGUCUAUACUUCGGUCCGCGUCCCUGAGGUCUUUUGAUCGCCUGCAGACAGAACACAUUGAACUCCUCAAGAGCAUCGCAUCUCUCACUCCUGCCAGAAGAUUCUAUCCUGAUAAUGAGCAAGUGAUGCAGAGCAUCCACUGGCGGCAAGGUCUAGGCUGCCUCUCUCAGCACCAUGGCUUUCGCGAGGAAGUCGCAGAUAUACUGGACCAAAACCGUCGCAUGAGCAUUUUCCAACUCGGGACAGAGCUUAAUCACCCGUCACUUCCACAUGUGGAGCAAGCACUGUUUUUGCGGGAGCGAAUCCGCACAUCUUCAUUCCGCGCCCCAGGAUUCGGCGCCGACGAUCAUACGCAGAAGCACGACAGCAUGUACAACAGUCUCGACAAGAAUCGGAUAUCUUGCGCAGCGUCUCGAAGCUUUGCCGUUUGCAAGAUGCUUUACAAAGGGAUCCCUUCUGUCCGCAAACUUCAAUCCGAACAGUUGACCUCGCAUCUUUGGCAAUUCCUCUCUUUACCCACCGGGGUUCGUGGCUCUCAUACUCCAUUAGACACGAAAAGGUUGAGGUACGAUGCUGAGUGGAUACUAGAGUCAAGAGAGUUUCUUGUCAGUAAUUGGUGCAGCAUACACCACCUCGCGUGCUCACAAACCCGCCGCCUCGGCAAAUUCCAGCUCAUGAUCUGGCUUGCAGCCCUUGCUUUCUCCAAUGAAGCUAAUAUGAUUGCCCUUGAGACCAUUGUUUCACUUUUUGUGAUUCGUGACCUGGCUUCAAUCCAUCUGCCAUCCAGUGCGUUGUUUUUGCCAAAAGAGGGAGCUGAGAUGAUUAAAACUUCAAUCCGCUGUCAAAUCGAGUCGGAACAGCGUAAAGUCACUCCAGAGUCAAAACUUGCGCCCGAAGCGAAUGAGACAUUUCAAAAACUCAUGUCGCGCAGGGAUAGACUCCGGAAUCAAAAUCGGGAAGCCAUUAAGAAAAGUUUGUUGCUACAUUUUGAACGCGAGUGGCCCACCCGAUCACCGUCCUCACUAUUAAAUCCAACAGUGAAUGACUACUUUGAUGCACAGGAGAUGAUGAUGAAAGUUUCAAAAUUGUUCAGUAUCUGGUUCGACAAUCGAGAUCUGAAGCGAUACAUUACCGACAUUGCGAAUGUCACUUGCCAUCAACUGAUCGAAGAGGUCGAGAUUCAGCCCUACCAGCUACCACCUCCACCUCAAAGUGCACCGAAAAAACGUGGCUUUGUGCUCUUUGAUGACCUACUCGGCCCGCAGCCAAUCAUCGACAUUGAAGAACCGCAAUUAAGGAACCUUGUCUCUACAUCGUCGACAGGACAACCUCCAGCUUCCACAUUGGUGGCGUUGCUAAACUCUUUGGGUAUACAAGCCAAAUCCAAGUACGAGAAAAACUAUGUCGAACAGUUACAAAGCAGUGUUGCUUCGUUGAAAGAUGGCAGACAAGAAAAGCACAUCAAUAUGGCUCAAGGAGAGCUGGAGACAAAUAUUUUGGACUAUCUUGCAUCGUGUCAAGAAUAUGUCGACAGGGUGUAUCGAUCACUUGUGUCUGAGCUCUGUCCUCGUGAGAAGACCACCUGGUCAGGGACGAUCCAUCCUUUCAGGGCAAAGGUAAUCGCAGUAGCCCUGGAACUGCAGCAGUACCCAAGGCUGUCACCAGUCCUUUUUUUGGAGCAACUGUCGCGCCAUCGAUGGGGUCCACUAGACCUAGAUUGGAAAAAAUGUUUCAUUGCUUACGGGUGCUCAAUCACUAAAUUGCAGCGAGCGAAACGACUAGCUCGCCUUCUCAAGCACCCGGACGAACUCCUGAAAGAACUCGAAAAUUCAGGACAUACGAACUGGCAGCCAAUCCGGUUCCCAGAGACUCUUCUGCUUGAGAUAGAGAACGGGGUCCUGAUAAGAGGCAUUCAGGAGGAAAUUGCGGCGACAAUGAGGCACUUUGUCCCGGGAAAGAAUGCCGUCAUGCAAUUGAAUAUGGGCGAGGGGAAAUCUUCAGUUAUUGUUCCUAUGGUGGUAGCAGAUCUUGCGAAUGGAGUUUGCCUGGUUCGCGUUCUUGUGGCCAAGCCGCAAUCACGACAAAUGUUUCAAAUGCUGGUCACGAAGUUGGGUGGUCUCUUGGGUCGGCGUGUGUAUCACAUGCCCAUUGCACGCUCUCUGAAAUUUGGAGAAGCCGAAGCAGAGGAGAUUGAACGCAUGUGUUUAGAGUGUAUGUCGCAGGGCGGUGUCUUGCUCGUCCAACCCGAGCAUAUCCUAUCUUUGAAACUGAUGAGCCUUGAGUGUUUUAUUGCUGGGAAAUGCGCCGUGGGCCGUUCUCUACUUCGCACGUUGCAGUUCUUCCAACACAACUCCCGGGACAUUGUGGACGAAAGUGAUGAAAACUUUAGCGUCAAAUUUGAAUUGAUCUAUACCAUGGGAUCUCAACGCCCCGUCGAACUCAGCCCACGACGGUGGAUUGUGGUACAAGAGCUGUUACAACUGGUUCGAGAUUAUGCUGGUCGCGUCCAAUCCGAAUUCCCCGACUCCAUUGAAGUGAGCGAGCAGCCGCAUGGCGGUUUUCCACGGAUACGUUUGCUCAAACAGGAUGCUGAGAAAGCUUUGGUUCAAUACGUCGGAAGGCACAUAUGUGAGAAUGGUAUUGGGUCUCUGUCAAUCUCGAGGCAGGCUCGGCCCAUUCGAGAUGCCGUCUACACCUACAUUAUGAAAUCUGAGCCUCUGGUGGAGGAAAUCGCGGCGGUGGAGUGCGAGGAUUCCGCAGGAUUUUGGGGAGAUAGCACACGGGCAUCCCUCCUGUUGAUACGGGGUCUGCUCGCUGGGGGCGUUCUAGCCUUUUGCUUGGGUCAAAAACGAUGGCGCGUCAACUAUGGGCCUGAUAGGAGCCGAAAUCCACCGACAAGACUUUGUGUGCCGUAUCGAGCCAAUGAUAGCCUUUCCCUUCGGUCAGAAUUCAGCCAUCCCGAUGUCGUGAUUCUGUUGACAUGUCUGAAUUACUACUAUGCCGGACUUGGCGACGACGAUAUAUUUCUCGCCUUCAAUCAUCUGGUCGGGUCAGACCAAGCGAGUGCAGAUUAUCAAGAGUGGACGAACGAUGCUUCUAGGCUUCCACCCACCUACCAGCAGCUUGUGGGAGUGAAUCUGGAUGACCGGUCUCAUUGUACCGAUCAUGUGUUCCCCGCUCUGCGGUUCUCCAAAGCUACUGUAGACUACUUCUUGACACACGUCGUAUUCCCGAAAGAAAUGAAGGAGUUUCCUGACAAGUUGUCUGCGUCGGGCUGGGAUAUCGGGGAGAUCAAAACACAUCCUACAGUAGGGUUUAGUGGGACGAAUGAUUCACGAGAAACCCUACCACUGAGCGUCUCGCAACUCGACCUGCCGGAGCAAAACCACACGAAUGCGUUGGUGCUGGAAUAUUUGUUGCGGCCAGAAAAUUCCGUGGCCUGCAUUCCACAGCAAGUCCAGCCAUGCAAGUCAGAUGCCGAGAUCAUAUUGGACCUGGUAUUGGAUCUGAAUCCACCGGCUCAGGUGAUUCUUGAUGUGGGCGCACAGAUUCUGGAGCUCAGUAAUCAUGACUUGGCAGCGCACUGGCUAAAACUGCUCCCAAACGAAGGACCAGUCCAAGCGGUGGUAUUUGUAAACGACAAAGACGACAUCUCCGUCCUGGAUCGAACUGGACGUGUUGAACUAUUGCAAACUUCACCGUUUGCAAGACAGAUGGAAGCAUGCUUUGUUUUCCUGGACGAAGCACAUACCAGAGGAAUCGAUUUGAAGCUCCCGUCUAAUUAUCGUGCGGCGGUCACGCUGGGUCCGGGUAUCACGAAGGACAAAUUGGUUCAAGCGUGCAUGAGAAUGAGGAAAUUGGGCAACGGACAGUCUGUCGUCUUUUGCGUCACAGAGGAGGUCAGGUCCAAUAUCCUGGCCUUGAGUGGCAAGGACAAGAAUUCUCAGAUCACUGUCGCGGACGUGCUUCUCUGGGCCAUUUCCGAGACGUGGAUUGACAGCCGACACAGUAUUCCCCUUUGGGCGGUCCAGGGUACACGAUUCGAGCGCCAACGGGAAUUGUGGCAAGCUUACCGCCAAAAUGAUUGUCUUGAUCUGACGCCGAGACAAGCCCAGGAAUUUCUCGAGCCCAAAUGCCAAACUCUUGAACAGCGAUACCGACCUGGUCAUCAAGCGCGGCCGUUAUUUAACUGUCCUUCAGAUACUAGCCCGAAUCUGAAUUUGAUUUGGAAGCGCUGCCGCAAGUUUGAAGGUCUCGACACUUCGUCCUCCCUUCAAGAGGAACAGGAGCGCGAGCUCGCACCAGAGGUUGAAAGUGAGCGCCAGGUUCAGAGGCCUCCAAGUGCUACACCCGAAACGCACCAUAUCCAUCCACACAUAUCUUCAUUUGUCACUACAGGCAUUCUUGUGAGGUCUUCCGAGGCCUAUGAGCCAGCAUACCUCACGCUGCGCAAUACCUCCGCCGCCUGCUUUCUGGACGUAUCUCAAUUCCCAUCCAGUCUACUGGCUUCCAACGACUUUGUUAGGACCAUCAAGACUCCCCCGGGCUCACACUUUGUUGCUGAUGCUUUCCAACGUCCUGUCAGAUGGGUCCUGACAAGUCGAAACCAUGUUGUCGAUGACGGAACACCUCCGUUGCGCAUGAUGAUCAUUAGCCCUUACGAGGCCAAUGGUUUGAUGUCCAAGAUACGAGAAUCACGUGUCGUCACUCUUCAUUUGUAUGCCCCACGCCAAAGCCGAGGAUUUCCCUCUUUGGAUAGACUUAGGCUACACACGGUCCCCGACGAUGUUGUCAAAACCGAAAUACCUGAUAUAUUCCGUAUGCUGCUCAACCUAUUUUCUGGGCAGCUGUAUCUUGAAUCAUAUUCCGAGUACAAGGACCUUUGUGAAUUUUUGGGGGUGGCAUCUGUGAAAACGCCGCCCGGUCUUGUUGUCGCUGCGGAUGGAUUCAUCAAACGAGGUUUCCCGGGAGCGAAGGCAGGCUUCAGUCAGAGCCCGCUCAAAUUCCUUGAGAUUCUAAUGUCACAGAUUAGGAAAGAUUGCCAGCGGAUUGGACGGACGCAUAUUGGUAAAAUUGUCAGUGGUCAGUUGCUUUUUCCGCUCGACUUCGAAGAAUCAGCAACAGCAUCCAUAGAAGCCGGUCUUCAAAUGGCUAGUCUCGGUCCAUAA